UGUGAUUGGUCGGUUCAGCUGAGUGACACAGACAGCGUCAUCCCCAUCGCCACCGAUCCCUACCAUGUUCACUACCCAGUGAGCGGCUGUAGCUACUGUCCUGUCCUGUCCAUACACACUAAUGUCAACCUAAAUAUGGCCUAUCCCUGAUUCUUCUCUGCUGUACGGUGGGCUGGGACUAAUGCCGGGUACUACAGGCAGGAAACAUGCAGCAGAAGCGCAACAUUCAGAUCAUAGAAUGGGAGGACUUGGACAAACGCAAGUUCUACUCCUUUGGAGUCUUCAUGACUAUGGCUAUCCGCGCCACAGUCUAUCCUGCCACACUGAUCCGCACCAGGCUGCAGGUUCAGAAGGGCAAGUCUCUCUACACUGGGACCUACGAUGCCUUCCGAAAGAUUCUGAGAGCUGAGGGUCUGAGAGGACUGUACAGGGGCUUCAUGGUGACCACGUUCACACUCAUAUCAGGGCAGGCAUACAUAACCACUUAUGAACUGGUAAGGAAAUAUGUCUCCAACUAUUCUAAAGACAAUACGCUGAAGUCAUUGGUGGCGGGAGGCUCGGCGUCACUGGUGGCCCAGAGCAUUACUGUUCCUAUAGACGUCAUAUCACAGCAGCUCAUGAUGCAGGGCCAAGGGGAGCAUCUGACCCGCUUUAAAGUGAAACCCAAAAUGGGAGCAAAGAACUCUGUAUUUUUCGGCCAGACAAGAGGCAUUAUUGGGCAGAUAUUUGCUGCGGAUGGCAUUCGUGGCUUCUAUCGAGGAUAUGUGGCAUCUCUCCUCACAUACAUCCCCAACAGUGCCGUUUGGUGGCCGUUUUACCACUUCUAUGCAGAACAGUUAUCUAAGAUGGCUCCCAGUAACUGCCCUCAUCUAGUGCUGCAGGCAAUGGCUGGACCUCUGGCAGCUGCCACUGCCUCCACUGUCACCAACCCCAUGGAUGUCAUCAGGGCCCGGGUUCAGGUGGAGGGCAGGACAUCGGUCAUUGAGACCUUUAACCAGCUGAUCAGAGAGGAAGGAUUCUGGGGGAUGACCAAAGGCCUCUCUGCUCGCAUUAUAUCCUCAGCGCCCACAGCAAUAGUCAUGGUGGUUGGUUAUGAAACUCUCAAAAAGCUCAGCUUACGUCCAGAGCUGGUUGACUCCCGACAUUGGUAAAAAAAAUGGUGUCUGUCGUCUCCCUUAUGACUCCUUCACUCCACCUUAUUUUCCAUUUUUGCCUUUUAAAUCUCCUGCCUUGUGGUGGUUCAGUGUGACAGUGCUGAUUGCUUUCGGGUGAUUCUGAAAUAAUUUUUUUAGCUGAUAGUAACACUGCAGCUUUUGAACUCUGUGUUACUGUCUGUCAAUGAGGGGAAAUGCUGCUGAGGUUUGUAAUUGUUUAAGAGGCACAAAAGUUUUUCUACUUUGUUUAAAAAGUAUGUGAUCUAACAGGUUGACUGUUUUAGAAAAAGUAUUUGUGACUUUAAUUUAUUACUCGUUGUAUAAGUGGUGUUUUAAAUGUCUUCAUUCAUUGAUUUUAUCUAGGAUAUAAACAAUAUUUCCUUUAAUAUAUUUUAUUUAGAGAACUCACUUUAUUCAACUAUCCCCACAAUGGCAUUUUAUCAGUAGUAGUAUAGUUUAUAUGACUAGGUCUUUCAUGUUCACCUCUGAAUGUGUUUUGCGUUGUUUUUGUGGGGUGUUGGGAUGUUUUAAGUUGCCAAAGCUGAGUGAAUAUUCAAGGUUCAUCUGUUGCUGUCAAUGAAUAAUGACAACUCAAAACUGAUUGUAAAUAUAUCAAGUUAUAUA